UUGCCUGUUCUUUUUUUCAGUCCAGGGCUCAGACUAAAUUACAAUUAUACACAUCAAGCAACGCAAACUCUCAACUCUAUCAGUGAUUCAGUGUAUUCCCACCUCAAAAUCCCUCACUUUGGGUCAUAUUGUCUUCUCUUAAAUCCAAUAUCAUAUAUGUGAUUGAACAAAAAUGCUCCAUCAAGAGUCGAUAUAAAUUUCAUUUAGUCAAAUAAUUUCAACAGUCGAAACAUCAAUUUUUCUCUCCCUAAUCACAUUGAAACAUAUUCUCAAUGUUUACUUUUUUUCUGUGUUGUGAUUUGCUUAUUUAAAAGACACACAUUUAGGGUGUGUUUAUAUUUUUGUUGUUAUUUUGCUGUUUGUCGGUUAUAUGUUUUCACUUGAUGUUAAUAAACCAACUUCAUGAUACCCUUUUCAGUGAUUCUUGUUUUUGUUAAUUAUAAUUAACUUGUCUCCCACGUCACCAUCAAUUUAAUUUAAAUUAUAUAUUUAGUAUUAUUCUUUUCGUUUUUAACUUUAUCCUUUUUUCUUCCUCCUUUUUUAUUCAUCUAUUUUACUUAUUCUCUUCUAAUUUUAUAUAUAAAUAUUAUUCUCUAUUUUCUAUCUCAUAUCUUUUUUACAACACUUCCUUUUUUAUAUUUUCUCCCCUUUCUCUGUCUCUCUGUGUGUGUUUUCCUUUUCCUCUCUAUUCUGGUUUUCUUUCUUGUUCUUUCAUCUUAUUUUACUUUUAUUUCCAUGAAGAUAGAGGGUUCAAUUCAGAGCCGACCUCUUCCUGAUAUUCCUGGUACCAGAGAAGAUAAUCCAUCCAUCUUAUCAUCAUUGGUCGGUCUUACUAACAUGGGUAGUUCAUCAAUCUCAUUUCAUUCCUAUCACCAGCGAUUGUCAAAGGAAAGUUUAAAUCAAAGUCCAGUUGAAGAAGAAGACGAUCCACAACUUUUUGUUGCUCUCUAUGAAUUCCAAUCAGGAGGAGAAUAUCAAUUAUCUGUUUUAAAAGGUGAACAAAUUCGUGUUCUCUCAUAUAAUCGGACUGGCGAAUGGUGUGAAGCUCAAUCUCGUUCUGGUAAAAUUGGCUGGGUACCGGCUAAUUAUAUUACCCCAAUCCAUGGACUUGAUAAACAUCCAUGGUACCAUGGGCAAAUUAUACGAUCGUCAGCUGAAUGUCUUUUAUCAUCUGGAAUUAAUGGUUCUUUUCUUGUCCGUGAAAGUGAAAGUUCACCUGGACAAAGGUCAAUAUCAUUAAGAUAUGAGGGUAGAGUUUACCAUUAUCGUAUUAAUGAAGAUAAUGAGGGUAAAGUUUAUGUUUCAGCUAAAUGUCGUUUUAAUACUCUUGCCGAGCUUGUUCAUCAUCACAGUAUGCAUGCUGACGGGUUAAUUACCAUGUUACUUUAUCCUGCACCCAAACGAGGUGAUUCACAUUCAUCAUCUUCAUCUUCACCCAAAUCAGAUGAAUGGGAAAUUGACCGUACAGACAUUGUAAUGAAACAUAAACUUGGAGGUGGACAAUAUGGUGAUGUUUAUGAGGCUUCAUGGAAAAGGUAUAAUAUGACAGUGGCCGUGAAAACAUUGAAAGAAGACACCAUGGCAUUGGAAGAUUUCCUGGAAGAAGCUGCCAUCAUGAAAGAAAUGAAACAUCCCAAUUUAGUUCAACUAUUGGGUGUUUGUACUCGAGAACCACCAUUUUAUAUAAUUACCGAAUUUAUGACAAGAGGUAAUCUACUUGAUUAUCUGCGAAACUGUAACCGGGAAGAAGUUAAUUCAGUUGUUAUAAUUUUCAUGGCAACUCAAAUAGCAACGGCAAUGGAAUAUCUUGAAUCUCGUAGUUUUAUUCAUAGAGAUUUAGCCGCUCGAAAUUGUUUGGUUGGUGAAAAUCAUUUAGUCAAAGUUGCUGAUUUUGGUCUUGCAAGGCUCAUGAGGGAUGACACUUAUACCGCUCAUGCUGGAGCAAAGUUCCCUAUCAAAUGGACAGCCCCUGAAGGUCUUGCUUAUAAUAAAUUCUCGACCAAAUCAGAUGUUUGGGCUUUUGGUAUUCUUUUAUGGGAGAUAUUUACUUAUGGGAUUCCACCUUAUCCUGGUGUUGAGCUUGCAAAUGUUUAUCAUAUGCUGGAAUCAGGAUAUAGAAUGGAAUGUCCAACAGGCUGUCCAGCGGAAAUUUUCGACACCAUGAGCCAAUGUUGGCAAUGGGAAGCCGAGGAUAGGCCAACUUUUCAAGAGAUUAGAGAAACUUUAGUAAAUAUGAUACAAAUUUCCCGUGAAUCACCACCAACCCAAACUCAACAUCACCUUCAACCAAUUUUAGCCAAUAGUAAAUUACAAAAUGUUGCCAAGGCGAGUCAAAAACUUUCUGGUAGCACACCAAAUUUACACUCACUUACCGAUGGUCAAGGAUCUCAACCUAAAUGGCAUGCAAUGAAUAUUAACAUAGGCUCCAAUGAAGCUAUAAUCACUACUAAGUCAACCAUUGUUCAACUUAGACGAGGUGUAACCAAUGGUACUCUUUCAAAAAAACCACCCUCAUCAGGAAGUAAUAAUCUACUCUUACAGGCCAGUUCUCGACAUCCAAUUAGAAAAUUGAAACAAGCUCCUGUUCCACCCAAAAGAACAAGCUCUUUUCGUGAUUCAACUCACUUACCCGAUCUUCCAAUUCCAGGGUCAACAAUGAAACCUCCCACCCUGGAAGAUGAAAAAAUUCUCAAAGGUGCUAGGGAAACAAUGGUUAAAGUAAUGGAAUCAAUAUCCAAAGAAACUCCAUCCUAUGAUUUAUCCCAAGUAACAAUAUCAACUCGUAAUCAAGAUAAUCUUCCAGUUCGAACAGCUAAAUUAAAUAGGAAACCCAAAGUACCACCUAUCGCUCCAAAGCCAACAAAUAAAACAACACAAAAUCAACAUCUACCAUUACCACCGCCGCCACCACCAACUCAAUCCUCCUUCACUGUUGACUCUAUCCCACCUUCAAACACCUCAAGUGAUAGUGAUAACAAUAAAGACCCUGCCAAAGAAAAUGAAUCAAAUUCAAGACGAAAAGUGCAAAUACCUGCCGUUUUUCAGGUUGGCACACUGAAAAGAACAGUUGCCAGGUAACUUUAAAUAGUAAAUAUUUCUAAAUAAUUAAAUUGUUAAAUUAUUAAUCAACUUCCAAACCAACACACACAAGCAAACUGAAACUCAAUCAACUUACAACAACAUCAACAAGCAAAUAAUAGUCCCUUAUUUGUAUAUCCAAUCAACGGAAAUAUGAAAUUGAGAGAAAGAAAAAUGAUUUUCUUUUUUUAACCUUCCCUCUUUCUACAAUUUUCAAAUUGUUAAUUAAUUAGAGGUCAUAAUUACUGAUAAAUUAGCCAAUUCUUCAACAAA